UGUUGAUCUCAGCUACAAUGUUCACUAGCAAGCUCAAGACAGCGCAAAAGGACGCCGUCGGGCGGUUCAUGUCGCUCGCGCUCGUCUCGGAAGCCAUUGCGAUUCAGUUCCUGGAGCGCGCCAGCUGGAAGCUCGAGCCUGCCCUCGAUGCAUUCUACAACAGCCCCGAGGCUCGCAAGCAAAAGGCGCCGCGCGUCGACGACAAGAAGCUCGCCGCCUUCUUUGAAAAGUACAAGGACGACCCAACGGAGGACGUCAUUGGUCCCGCUGGCAUGGAAAAGUUCUGCGAAGACUUGGAGAUUGACCCGUCCAACAUUCUCAUGCUCAUCAUUGCGUGGAAGCUGAAUGCGGCUACGAUGGGCUACUUUACCCGAGCAGAGUUUACAACGGGGCUAACGAACAUUGGCGUCGACACUCCCGAGAAGCUGAAGGAACAGUUCCCCGCUCUGCGUGCUGUGCUCGACAACGAGUUUAGCUUCCGAGACCUCUACAUCUACACGUUUAACUUUGGACGCGAUCCAACUCAAAAAGGCCUCGCCCUCGACUCGGCAAUCGCGCUGUGGCAACUCGUCCUCGAAGGUCGAUUCAAGUUCUUGAGUCUGUGGUGCACGUUCUUGAAAGAAAAUCACAGCCGAACCAUCUCGAAGGACACCUGGAAUCUCUUGCUCGAUUUUGCCUCGACCAUCAACGACACCAUGAGCAACUAUGACUCUGAAGGCGCUUGGCCCGUGCUAAUUGAUGAAUUUGUCGAGUAUGCCCAGACAGAGCUGAAGCAAUCGGCAGUGUAACAACCACGACAAGAUUGAUUUGAACGAGACUGGCUCUCCUUCUUCCCAUUGUUGCGUUUUGCGUUUUGCUGUGUGUGUGUUUUUGAGUCCGUUGGUGUUGUUUCUUUGUUUCAUAAAAAUCCUACUGCCGGUA